AUGAAUCGCCAAGGGAUGUUAGCUAUCUUUAUUUCCUGUUUAUGCUACGUGGCAUGCGACCGUUCUGUUCCUGUCUUGACCUUGGAAGUACAGGCAGAUGAUGCCAAUAAGACAACAGAUAAACAGCAUAUGAGGUACUUCCCGUUCACGAUGCUGAUCGACAAAUCGCAGGACACAAGUCAGUAUUGGCGCGAAACUGAGAUUCUGUCUCUAGUCCGAAAUGAUGAGGUCGAUAUAGACUACGAGAGGUGUGAGCGGACCGCGGCUAGUGCCCACGUGGUACAGCCGCCCAGCAAGAGAACCAUCAGGCCUAUUUGCAGGACAAGGAUUGAUUAUCACGUCUGCCCACAGUGUCCACACUUCAGCAAUUUCACCGAAUGUGAGCUGUUUCGGGAUUCUUGCAAAGAAAGAAGGGUUCAGCCUUCUGAGUAUCGCACGUACUGCGACCGGAAGUACGGGAAAUGGCGCACCAUGUUUCUGCCGGCAGACUACACUCAGUGCCGAUGCUGCGACGAGUGUAUCUUUUAUAGAGAACUUGAUCAGUCGUGUAUUCAAGACGAAUACAAUUUUGAUUCAGAAGAAUUCCUGCCGGUCACUUCCAUAGAUUUUAGGGCCGGCUGUAAUCCUUACUGGGGUCAUCCUGAGCAGGAGUUUAGGGCUUUACGGUGUGACAAGUCAUUGCGAAGAUGUGUUCCGGUUACCAGUCCCACGAUGCCAAAAGACACGCUUAUAAAUAUGCGUCGUAACUUCCGUUACUCACCGCCGACCCACGGCAAAGACUGUCCCACGACUUGUAGGGGGUUCGAGUGUAUGCUGCUGUAUGCGCACGAGUGGGACUGCCCUCCCGGCGCGUUCAUACCGGACAAGGACCAGUGCAACUGCUGUGGCCAUUGCAGUUUGUUCUUCCAACUGGACCAGAAGUGUGCUGAAUUCAAGAAGACUUAUCACGAUGUAAACGGGUCUAAGGAAAUAGAGGUGGAGGAGGAAUUCCUGGAGCCGGGCUGUGAUGAUGGUCUGGUCUGCAGACAAGGUCGCUGCCAGGACAUACACACCGUCAGCUCAUCAGUGUUCGCCAGUCGUAAGAAGAGGGAUGACGAUUCUCUGACAGCCAAUGAGCCCUGUAAGACGGAGCUGAAGUUCUUCAAGAAGAAGUAUGGUCCGGACGGUCACCUGCAUUACAAUGCGCCGCAGUGCACCCCUCUGUGGCUCUAUUCUCCUGUCCAGUGUCGUCGUUUCAUCUGCUAUUGCGCCCUAGAAGAUGGUACUUUUAUUGAGGGGAUCAAGGUGCCCCGCGUCGAGGUCUCCAAUAUGAACUGCGAUUGCGCUCGUGAGAAGUGCCGCUCCGGCUCCGACGUGGAGUGCGACGGCUACGGUAACUACCGGGAGGCCAUCUUCUCCUCGCAAAUGGACGACGACCAGCUGGACAGCAGCGAUGACAGUUCCGAAUCUGAGGAGAGUGUACAUCGCCACGGAAGAGAUCUGAAGACCAGCAUAGCCAAUGUUUGUGAAGCCUCCAAUGACCAAGGACAUAGCGGAAAAAAUAGCACAAACAAAACUAACGGAGAUGUCUGCCAACCUGGCAAAAUGUGA